AUGCUUAGACCCGCCUCUGUGGUGGGGUUUGGAGCAUCUGUGCGGACAGCCAUCGCUCGUGGCUCGCUUACCGCGAACCAUCGGCUGUCUUCCAGCAGCUCCAGCACCAUCAUCGGCCGUUCCCCAGCUUCGUUUUCAUCUUCGUCUUCCGUACCCACCACUUCUGCCAGUGAGAGAAGCAGCAGCAAUGUUUCCUCCUCCUCUACUGCAUCCAUGGACCAUGUCAACUUGAAUGCACGCGCACACUACCGGCCGUCAUCGCACCCGCACCCUCACAAACGUACCAAGCUCGGCCGCACACUCUUUGCCCUAGGCUGGAUACCCGUCGCCGCAUUCAUCACUUCGCACCUGUACAGCCUCGGCAACGUCACCGGUGGAUCCAUGUCACCCACCUUCAAUGGCCCACACUCAAUCGCAUCCGCUUCUUCAGCUCGUUCGGAUGUGGUCCUGCUGAAUCGAACGAUCAAAGUUCAGCUCGAUCAGUUGAAAGCGGGUGACAUUGUCACGUUGAUCUCGCCGCUAGAUCCGAGACUGUUGUUGACCAAACGGGUCAUCGCACUUCCAGGAGAUACGGUGAGAGUCUGGGUUCCAGCGGGCAAAGCCGGUGGUCAAAAUGUCGGUGGUAGGCGAGUGGGGAGGUGGGCACGCAUCAAGAUUCCGCCAGGCCACGUGUGGGUGGAAGGUGAUGCCGCAGUCGACAUUGUUCCAGGCAGCCUUGAACGGGUCGUCAACUCGACUUUUACGCCCGAAUCAUUGCGAAACAAGAGCAGAGACAGUCGAGAGUUCGGGCCGGUCCCUAUGGGUUUGAUCACAUCGAGAAUCGAGUACAUUGUUUGGCCUCCAGAACGGUUUGGCAAGCCCAAACCUCGUCCAAUUGCUUCAUUGUCGAGUGCGGCACAGUUUCCGCCAUCGUCUUCAACGCGCAUGCCGGCAGACGAUACAUCUACGCAGGUGAAUCCGAGUCUAGCGAGGAUCUUGGAUGAGAUGACUUCCAUGGCGCCAGGCGCGAGGACUAAAGCGCAUCCGGACGACUCGGUCAUUAGUCCGUACGUGGAUUGGAGUGGUCCCGAAGCGAAGGAGCAUCAAGAUGUAGCAACAGCAGAACAGGCGAGAGCAGACAAGGAGAAACGCAAGCAUGCUUGGAAUCAUUUGAGCAGAGGAGGUCAACUAGGUGAUGAUGCCGAGUGA